CACAAACCCUUUGUUGUUCUAAGAAUCCACAGGUUUAUAUCAUUCACCCAAAUCUUUUGAGAAAAUUAUCUAAAUUAUCCUAAAGCCUUUGAUUAACUGCUCUGGUUGCUCACCUCCAAUGGAAAUGUAUUAUCGUCACAGCUGAGCCCAUUCAUAUAUCAACAGUCAACCCCACCUUUCCACUGUUAGAUUGACAACCCCUCCAGCUUGAUUGGACAACAAUUCGCAGAACUUUAAGAAAGGUUCGUAACCCAAAUCCAGAUCAUGUUACUCCACUGCAACGUUGCGCCUUUUGAGAUAGAUGUCUUAGCUAGUGAAGCUGACCUAGGUUAAACAUAAGAUAACCUCAUCUUACAAAGCAUCAAAGAUAGUAAUUGCCUGGUACUCCCAGUCAUAAACUUCUUCAUGUGCUAAUUGGAGUCUGUAUCUGGCAUUGACUUAUAAACCCUUAACUUUUAGUGAUCUUCAUCCUUCUUUCCUACAACAUACUUUUUUACUGCCACAUUACGAUUCUGGUCAUUCCGUUAACAUUGAAGGCUGACCACAACAGUACUUGAAAAUCUGGUCCAACUUUGACAAAGUACAGCUUUAUAAGCUUACAACAGAAAUUGACAAUGGCAUCUCAUGUUGAUUCACCAGCUUCUAAUGAUGGCAUUGUUGAGAUGGCAGCGCCGCCUCGCCCCACGAUGUCUGUCAAUCCACCAAGAAUCCUUAUCAUAGGAGCUGGUUCUCGAGGUAAUGGUUAUGCAAGAGCUACGGGGGAGUCGACGAACGGCGUAGUCGUUGCGGUGGCCGAACCAAUUGCAUACAAGCGAAAAACACUCGGCGAAAAAUAUAUUUGGGGCCAAAAUGGGCCAUCAGAAGGUCAAGAAUUCGAUGAUUGGAAGUCAUUCCUGAUUUGGGAGCAGGAGAGAAGAGCCAAAGCUGCAAGAGGUGAAGAGGUCCCUGAAGGAAUUGAUGCAGCAUUCAUUUGCGUGCUAGACGAGCAACACAAAGAUGUUAUUGUCGGGUUAGCACCACUUGGACUCCAUAUCAUGUGUGAGAAGCCACUGGCAACCAGCUUGGAAGACUGUGUUUCGAUAUAUCGAACUCUUCUUCCAAAUCUCCCGGAUAUCACACCAUCCAAGAUAUUCUCAAUUGGUCACGUUCUACGCUACUCCCCUCACAAUAUGCUUCUGAGAAGCCUCCUUCUUGAGGAGAAGGUAAUUGGCGAGCUUCUGUCCAUUAAUCAUACCGAGCCCAUAGGAUGGUGGCAUUAUACUCACAGCUACGUCAGGUAAGUACUUCGAGUGGAACUGGUGACAGGUGCUAAUUCUUCUCAGAGGUAACUGGCGGAAAGAGUCUACUACUGCGCCGUCACUACUCACAAAAUCAUGCCAUGAUAUUGACGUAUUACUGUGGCUCUUGUGCUCCCCACCACCUGGCUCGCUUCAACCCGCACAUAUUCCCACAAACGUGAGCUCUACAGGCUCUCUUCAAUAUUUCAACAAAACUCGUAAGCCAACUGCGGCUGGAAGCGCUACAAAUUGUCUAUCCUGCCCGAUCGAGAAGUCCUGUAAAUAUUCUGCUAAGAAGGUCUACCUUGGCACUCAAUUGAAAGGUCUUGCCUCCGGAAAUACUCAUUGGUACGUAAUCUUUUCAUUUUCGUCUCUCUAGAGUUUCUUCAUUUAUUUACUCAUUGCUCUUGUCUCCUGGUUCAAGAAGAAUUUUGUAUGCUAAUAAUUUUUCAGGCCUGUUGACAUCGUUGUACCUGAAAUAGAAGAGUGCAUUGCCACCAGUGGUAUUGCUGGAGGCGAAAAGGCUCUUCUGGCAAAACUUUCAGAAGACUACACAAGCGACACGCCUGCCAAAGUCGUUUCUUCAAAGAAUUGGUUCGGUCGAUGUGUUUACGAGUCUGAUAACGAUGUGUGUGACAACCAGACUGUGAUCAUGACCUGGGAAGAUGAUCCGCUCCCAAAAGUCAACAAUGACAACGAAAAGGCAUUAGUUGGUCGAGGCGCCAAAACGGCAAUCUUCCACAUGGUGGCUCAUACCAAGAAGAUCUGCGAACGAUACAGUCAUAUCUACGGCACGGAUGGCCAAAUCUAUGCAGAUAGUGAAACCAUCACAGUGGAGGACUUCAAGACUGGAGGAAAGAAGAUAUAUAAACCUCACAUGGCUGGAGGAGGUCAUGGCGGUGGUGAUGACGGACUUGCAAGACAAUUUAUUCUUGCUGUUGAUGCUGUGAAGAAUCACGGCGCGAAGGUCACUGAUGCCCAGAGAGAGCAUGUUGGUUGCAGUUUGGAGGAAGUCAUCAGGAGCCAUGCGAUGGUUUUCGCUGCUGAGAAAGCUAGGAAGGAUAAGGUGGUUCUUGAUUUCCCAGAGUGGUGGAAGAAGGAAGUUGAAGGCUCUCUUUCUGUCUAGUUUGGAAAGACGUACCUGGCGCACAUUAAUGCUUUAGGGAUUAUUUGCUGAUGUAAAUUGAGGUUCAGUGUUUAAGGGUUACUUUGCUCAAGAAGUAGCGUGAGCCCUGGGUGCUACACUUUUAGAUAAACAGAGCUUAAUACACUG